UCAAACGGUCGUAUCUGGAAGCAGCACAGACGUUUCGGCGUGAUUACUAUGCGGAAGCUGGGGCUGGGGAAGAAAGGUAUGGAGCACCAAAUAGAAGAGGAGGCCAUUGAGCUUGUGAAGAUCUUUGCGCAGGCAAAGGGACAGCCACUUGAUCCAUCACUGCCCAUCACAAAUGCAGUUUCCAAUUUAAUAUGUGUUUUGGCUUUUGGGUACCGAUUUUCCCUUGAAGACGAAAAGUUCCAAAAAAUGAUGGAAGAUGUUGAUUUUUGCUUAAAACAUGGAGGUUCCAUAAUUCAUUGUCUGUAUGAACUCUUCCCAUGGUUGAUGAAACAUCUCCCAGGACCUCACAAUAAGGCAUUUUCUUCCAUAGAGCUAGUACAUUCAUUUGCAAAGGAAGAGGUGGAAAGGCAUAGAAAGCAGCAAAAGGAUGAGCCUCAGGAUUUCAUUGAUUUCUAUCUACUUCAAAUUGAGAAAGUAAGUAUCCAAUAAUAGCUCAAGACACUUUAGUGCAUG